UGGCCCCCGCGAGGCAGCAUGUGCUGGCGGGACUUCCGUGCCCGCGGAGGAGCUGUUCCACCCGGCCGGCUCCCCUCCCCCCGCCGGGGAGGAGCGCGGUGCUCCGGCUCAUCGUCGCAGAUCUCUCCGUCUUCCAGCUCGCCCUCCUCCGGGGGGGAGCGGGUCGCCUCCAUGCGGACCGGGCCUGAGAUCACCGGGGCCCGGAGAUCAUUCCACCGGGACGCGAACCGUGAGACACACCGAGAGCAGGUUCUGUCUGAGCAUGAAGGCGUCUUCAUUCAUCCCAGCAGUGAGGAAGAUGCCGUCGAUCUGGACUUACUGGUCUCAGGUUCACUUCGGAUUGUUGACAAGGAUGGAGACGUCUUGGUGGAGUACAGACCGCUGGAAGAAGCUGUGGACCCGUCCAACAUGCUGUGUGCUGGAAAGGACUCCAGCUCGGUGAUGGAUGGCGCUCAGUGUUCGGGGGAGCGGUGUCACAAGCAGCUGGAAGCUCAGCAGAGCUACGAGACGGAGUGGGACAUGGUCAACGCUGCGUCCUUCAGGAGGAAACCCUGCGCCAGCGGAGAAGGCUCUUUAAACCACAGCAAUGAGAGGAGCAGGGGUGCGUUCAGCUUCAGUGUGGGUGACCUCAGCUCCAUCACAGUGAAGGAUGAAGGUUGGACGUUCCUCAUCUUCAAACUGAAAGAGUCCUCCCCGCCCCUCCCUGCUCUGCACUUCCACCAAGGGGGCAGCAGAGAGUUCCUGGACAGCUUGGGGAGAUUCACACUGCUCAGCGUCGCUCCAGAUGAUGAAGCGUGUCUGCUGGUCAGCACGACUAACAAGGCUCUGUCUCAGUCCUUCGAGAACCUUCUGGAAGACAACAACUUCGGCCUUGUUAACAAGUUCAGAAAAGACCCGUACGUGACCACGCUGGGCGGCUUCUCCAAAGUCACCAACUACAUAUUUGAUGCUUUCCGGGGGACGGAGGAGCAGCACCAGCGCCCCCCAGAGGAGGUGGCUGACCUGCUGGGUGAAGUCAUCCCAGGACUGGAGAUCAACCAGCAGGAGGAGCCAGGCUUCGAGGUCAUCACCAGGGUCGACCUGGGGUCACGACCCCUGGUUACGAGGAGCGAGCCGAUGUCUGUGGAGGACUGGACCAAACACCAGGACCCAGAGGGGAGGAUGAUCCGGAUCUUUCACCUUAAACAAGUCAUCUUCAAAGGGGGGCUGUGUCACGCCCUGAGGAAGGAGGCCUGGAAGUUCCUGUUGGGGUAUUUUCCGUGGAGCAGCACUCAGGACGAGAGGAAAGCUCUGCAGAGACUCAAGACUGACGAGUACUUCAGGAUGAAGCUGCAGUGGAAGUCGGUCAGUGAGGAGCAGGAGAGGAGGAACUCCAGACUCAGAGACUACAGGAGUCUGAUCGAGAAAGACGUGAACAGAACCGACAGAACCAACAGGUUCUACGAGGGCAUCGAUAACCCCGGCCUGGUUCUCCUCAACGACAUCCUGAUGACGUACUGCAUGUACGACUUCGACCUCGGCUACGUCCAGGGGAUGAGUGACCUGCUCUCUCCGAUUCUCUUUGUGAUGGAGAACGAGGUCGACGCCUUCUGGUGUUUUGUCUCCUUCAUGGAUCAGAUGCAUCAGAACUUCGAGGAGCAGAUGCAGGGCAUGAAGACUCAGCUGCUUCAGCUCAGUUCUCUGCUCAGACUGCUGGACUUGUCUUUCUGGAAUUACCUCGAGUGUCAGGACUCAGGUUACCUGUAUUUCUGUUUCCGCUGGUUGUUGAUCAGAUUUAAGCGGGAGCUCAGUUUCCAGGACGUCCUCCGGCUGUGGGAGGUGAUGUGGACGGGUCUUCCCUGUCAGAACCUCCACCUGCUCGUCUGCUGCGCCAUCCUGGACUCCGAGAAGCAGAAGAUCAUGGAGGAGAAGUACGGCUUCAAUGAAAUCCUCAAGCACAUUAACGAACUUUCAAUGAAGCUGGACAUUGAAGAGAUUCUUCAGAAAGCCGAGGGCAUCAGUCUGCAGAUGAGCAGCUGUAAGGACUUACCGGACUCGGUCAGGAACAUUCUGGGCUUUGAGGCGAACGUGAGCGGCUGCGACCCGACGGCCGCUGCUCCUCCUCCGGCGGUUUCCAGAGCGGCGCAGCGACAGGACGCCUGCUCCGCCCUCCACACACACCUGCGAGAGACCAGCUCACACAACAGCUGCAAAGUGGCCUUUAUAUCGUAGUUAACAGCAGAGACUGAUCCAGCGUCAGCACGCCACCUUCAGAAUGUUCAAGGAUUUAAAAUGAUUCAGAAGCUUAUUUUUCUACUAUGUUCUACCUGAGUGUCUCUAACAGUCGCUCAGUUAUUCCUCCUGAUUUUUAUAGGGGGGGGGGGCUUUUCACACCUGCUGGUGUCAUCUCAAGAGUUUAGGUGUGAAACAUGGAGGACUCGCCUGAGAUCAGACACUUGUGUGAUCCGACCUCUGACCUCGACAGCUCAUCAAGAAUCAAAGUAUUUUUACUCUGUUUCACAGACUCUGACGAGCAGAGUCAACACUGUUCAUUGAUUUUAUAUUGAUUUAUAAUCAGUAAAAUCUUGUGUCAUUGGAAAGAUACGAACACGGAACCUGUCUCUCUCUGUCUCUGUCUCUCACUCUCUCUCUCUCUCUGUCUCUCACUCUCUCUCUCUCUCGCCCCGUUCACACCUGGUAUUAACAUGUUAUGCGUCUCCUUGGUUCUUACUUCCUGCUCUAAAUGCAAAUGAACACGUUACUUGUGUUGUUUGGAUCCAGUUCCUGUCCUUAUACCUUUUGUGAGGACCAUUCUAAGCAUAGACCCACAGAGUGAGGACAUUUAGUCUGGACCUCACUUCUUCUAAGGACUGUUUGAGGGACUUGGUUUUCCAGUUAGGUUUAGUUGUGAUGGUUAGGGAAUGUGUCAUUGAGUGUCCUCAUUAAGAAGUACACACACGUCUGUGUUUGGUGAGUCAGCAGAGUGUGAAUCUGAUCAAAGAUGAGACCUGUUUAAUAAACUGUGGAUCAGUAUCAGCUCAUCAGUGUUGAUGGAUACAAACAAAUCAAAGAGAAACAAUGUGUUUGAUUCGUAGUAAAACUGAGGCUCAGAGACGUCCUUCAUCUGUCCCUGGACGUCCCUCAUCUGUCCCUGGACGUCCUUCAUCUGUCCCAGGACAUCCAUCUGUCCCAGGACGUCCCUCAUCUGUCCCAGGACAUCCAUCUGUCCCUGGACGUCCUUCAUCUGUCCCAGGACGUCCCUCAUGUGUCCCUGGACGUGCUUCAUCUGUCCCUGGACGUCGUUCAUCUGUCCCAGGACGUCCUUCAUGUGUCCCUGGACAGACUCAGGUUCACACAGAAACAGAACGUGGUCUGGUGGAUCAGAUCUGAUCUGAGUGUCCUCACCUGACCUUAGAGCAGUGAUCAUGUUAAUACCAGGUGUGAACGGACGCUGUGCGGAACCGACCAAUCAGACUUGUGUUUGAUGUGAACUGAACCAGCUCAUAUAUUUACUUACAGGAACACUGAGGCAUUGUGGGAAAUAAUCGGUUCUUUUACUGGUAGUGAUAUCAGACAUCUCAGUGUGUUCUUACCACCAAAGGAACACACAGUGAUGUGAUGUGGUUACCGUGGUAACCAGAGGUGGGAACAUCUUGUUAACGUGACAUCUCCAGUAAGAAAAUAAAUGUUUCCUAAAAGUGUCGCUUUAAGCCAGACGUCGUGUCAGACUGAUGUGAUGGUGUCACCGUCUUUAUUGAAACAAAGUGAAAAUAUAAAGUUUGUUCAAUGAUCAGAGUUUGAAACUGAUAAAUCUUUGAUUUGAUUGUGACGGCUUUGUUUGUUUUUCCAGGUUUAAAUUUGUGAUUUCAGCUAGUUUGAUGUAAUGGAUCGAAAUCUGAGCAAUAAAAUGAUUUCAGAA